CCCUGUGGCUGGGAGUGAGCAUGGCCACAGUGACCUCGCCUGCCUGCAUGGUCCUCAUUUGUGCUUCAGGCCUGGUUCUCCUUGUUAGCAUUUGUAAGAGCAGCAGAGGUUGUUUCCUGGAGGUGUUUUGAUGACAAGUCUAUUUACUUCAGGUUUUUGCAUGUGCUUUGGUUUUGCUCCUGUGCUCACAAGCACAGGAUGAGUGUUGGACGGACAUUGGGAGUGUUGCCUGGGGAAGAAGGAGCAGCUGAAACUUGAUAUGGGAGAGAAGCAUUCCUUAUCUGAGGGGCUCAGCUAUUCCUGCUUGCCAUAUCAGCUGGGAAAAUGCUACCGGUGCCUUUAAAGCUAUAGCACAGGUUUGGGGUGCCUUUGGAUUUACACAGUUGGAGCUGUUCUCACUCUUUACUAAUGCUUCAGACCCAGCAGGCUCUGAAAGGCGAAAGGAAUUGACUGCAUUCACCGCUUUGUCUUUCCAGACUUAUCUUUGUGCAUUUUCAUGCCUUUGCAAGUGCAAGGCCUGCACCACCAGACUCUACCAUGUCAUGACUAAUAGAGCUUAGGUGUUACCACCCCCAGCACCCCCCAGGGACAAGGAGGGUAUCAACUCCACGGUGCUGGCACAUGUGGGGGCCUGCUUGUUCUCCUGGAUGGCACUGAUGCCCUGGGGAGGAUCCCACGUGGGCCUUGCACUGCCUUGUCCUUUGUACGGUGGGUUUUGUGUUUUUGUUCCCGGUGAGGUGUCAUUUCACACUGGAUUGUGGCUGUGACUGAUAGCAAUAGAAUAGAGGUCACUGGAUCCAUCUUCCCAUGGAUCACAGGAAACGCAGAAGCAAAAGUUAUUCUGCUGAAGUCCAUCCUCCUGCCAGCAUGGGAGAGGAAAAUGAGGAUCUCGUGCUGGGUUUUUCCUCCUAAGCAGCAGGUCUGAACUGCAUCAGGUAGCAGGGGCUGUAACACCCGUGUCCAUGUGGGCACUGCAGGAAGGUUAGUGCUGUCCUGCCAGGCACAUAGCAGGGCUCUCAGGGUGGUGGGCAGGUGGUGCAGAGGAUACAGCAGUCCCAGGGAGAGCAGGGAUGGUCAGCUGGGCAGUUUGGCAGAGAGCUGCUGCCUUCAGCUCUGGCACCAGCAAGGCCCCCAGGGACAGCAGGGCCAGAGGAGAGGGUCCCUAAAGGGAACCUGUGCUAGAUGAGCAGCUGGUCCCAGGGAGGUGGCUGCCAUGGGGAUCUGCUCUGCCUGUCUCUGCCUCUGGCUGCCUGCGUGCUUGUCACAGAUGAGUCUUGUGCAGAUCAAAGCCUGAUGGACAGUGUCCUGGGUCUAGAGGUUGUGGUCACCUGCUUGUGAGAGGCUUAGCCAGGAUGAGCAGGUAAAGUUAUCUGCCUUGAAAAGGUUAAAAAACACCUUUAAUUCCUCUUUUCUUCCCUCAUCCUUUGCCAGUGCAGAGCAAGAGUGUGUCAGCAUGGGCUGUGUUUGCUAGGGGACCUAUCUUGGUUGUGCCUCCCAUUCUGUAUCCAUGCAAGCUUUUAGUACAGGGCAAGCCACCCUGUGUGCCCCUUUUCCAGCCAGCCUGCUUGGCUGUCCCUGCCUGGCACUGCGGGGCUGACCUGCUGGGCUGGCAGAGCUCAUCUGGCUUCCCCUGCCUCGUCAGCCACUCCCUGUGACUGCAGAUGAAUUGCACGAAGCCUGGCUUUCUUUUAAUCCCUUUUCCCAGCAGUGCUGAGCCUGCUGGAGGAGCAGGCGGGGGAGCCCAGGGAAGGGGCUGCUGGUUGUCUGGGAGAUCCGGGGACGACGAGGCGGGAGCAGGCUCUGCGCAGCGGCGGGUUACGUGGAGUCUUGGGUUUCUGCAGGAGGAACUGACAGCCAGCACAGGAAUGUCCUUGGAGAUUUGUCAGAAGUCCCUCCAUGACCUCGGCAUCCUCAGCUCGACCUCUUCAGUAUGCUAAGAAGGAUCGAGGGAGUCCUCCAGGAAGGAGCAUUGGAAGCUGCUUGGCAACUUGAAGACCACAGUGGAAGGUUUGGUGUCCAUCAGUAACCCAAAUGUCUGGUCCAAGUAUGGGGGCUUGGAACGGCUCUGCAGAGACAUGCACAGCAUCCUCUACCAUGGGCUCAUCCACGACAAGGUGUGCUGCAGACAGAAGGAUUACUGGCAGUUUGUGAAGGACAUUCGCUGGCUGAGUCCCAGCUCUGCUCAUCACCUGGAGAAGUUCAUCAGCCUGCAGGAGAGUGACCAGCGUGACCCAGAGGGCUCAGGAGACCAGGCCAUCGCGCAGCUGUGGCUGCAGCACAGCCUGCAGUGCCACUGCCUGUCGGCACAGCUGAGGCCGCUCCUGGGGAACCGGCAGUACAUCAGGAAGUUCUAUGCAGACACUGCCUUCCUGCUCAGUGACGCCCACGUCACGGCCAUGCUGCAGUGCCUGGAAGCUGUUGAACAGAACAACCCCAGGCUUCUGGCUCAGAUCGACACCUCCAUGCUGGCCGGAACGUCACUGCCAUCCCUGUGCGCGUCAGACCCUUCUGCUGAGACAAGAGAGAUGUGUGACCACAACGCUGAAGGACACGAGAGCCAUCUGCCUGGAGUACUGGGCUGCCUGGAUCAUUUCACUGAGAGCAUGCUUACCAGGAGGAGUGACAAUCUGUCUCCAGUGACCAAGAGUCAGAGCCUGACAGCCCUCCCUGGGUCCCCGUACGUCCCCACUGCUGGCUGCACCCAGCCGCGCUGCUUUGGGUCCUCCUCCAGCCUCCACCAUCCAGCCUCCUCUGGCCUCUCUGACAGGAGACCAGCGAGCUCCUUUGUCAGCUCCAACUCCAGCCAGCCCCAGGAGCGCUGCCUGUCCGCUCGGUCCUCCUCCUUCAGCGAGGGCAGGUCCACUCUGGAGCAGCCUGGCUCUGUCACCCAGACCCCCUCACCCAAAGACCCCUUCUCUCCAGCCAGCGAGAUGAGUUCCAGCACCACCAGCCAGAGCGAGGAUACUUGGACAGGGAGUCAGGAUGAUCCGCAGAGUGAUGUUAAUGAUGGGCCGGAAUACCUGGCCAUCGGGAACUUGGGACGCCGGGGCCGGGCAUGCAGCAGUGCCAGCACCAACAGCUCCAAGAGCAGUAGCUCCAAACUCUUCUCCUCCAGCAGCUCCCAGAAGCUGGACUCAGUAUCAUCCCUGGGGGAGCAGGGGGCAAGCGGAGGUGGAAGCAGGGGCCUGAGCCUGUUGCGACGGUCCAGCUUCUCGGAGGGACAGUCGUCAGCUCCACAGGGCAUCCUCAAGAAGAGCCACGUGCGCUCACACUCCGACACCAACGUGACUUCGGGGAAGUUGCACGGAGGCCUCAGGGAUAUCACCAUUAUAAUAGAAGAUCCAGUGGCAGAGUCCCAUGGUGAUCCAACUGGAGGGAGAGGGCCGGUCUCUGCUUCCACCCAGAGCAGUGAACUGAGCACACCCAGCUCCCUCUACAUGGAGUAUGACUCUGGACAGUAUCUGAGCUCAGGGGAAGGGAUGUUCAGGAGACCCUCGGAAGGACAGUCCCUCAUCAGCUACCUCUCUGAGCAGGACUUUGGCAGCUGUGCAGACCUGGAGAAGGAGAAUGCCCACUUCAGCAUCUCAGAGUCCCUGAUCGCUGCCAUUGAGCUGAUGAAAUGCAACAUGAUGAGCCGGCAGCUGGAGGAGGAGGAGGAGGAAGACAGUGACAAGGAGAUCCAGGAGCUUAAACAAAAGAUUCGCAUUCGGCGCCAGCAGAUCCGCACGAGUCGGUUCCCUGCCUGCCAGGAAAUGGGCUCAGACAGUCUUGUGGCAACAGACAGCGGGUCCCAGUUCAGCUCCCACGGCUCCAUGCGGCUCUCUGACUCUGGCUCUGCAGAGGAUGUGGAGGAGUACGAGAUCCGAGAUGCAGACAUCAAGAGGAACCCAGACUCCAGGAAGUCCUUUCUCUCCUCGGACUCCAUAUCCUACUCCUUCCUCAAUUCCAACUCAGCAGAGGCCGUGGCCAUGGGCUUACUAAAGCAGUUUGAGGGCAUGCAGCUGCCAGCUGCCUCUGAGUUGGAGUGGCUAGUCCCCGAGCACGAUGCCCCACAGAAGCUCCUGCCCAUCCCUGACUCUCUGCCUAUCUCUCCUGACGAUGGAGAACACGCUGACAUCUACAAACUGAGGAUUCGGGUGCGCGGAAACCUGGAGUGGGCCCCGCCGCGACCACAGAUCAUCUUCAACGUUCACCCAGCGCCAACGAGGAAGGUGGCUGUGGCCAAGCAGAAUUUCCGGUGUGCAGGCUGUGGCAUCCGGACUGAUCCUGAUUACAUCAAGCGGCUGCGGUACUGCGAGUACCUGGGGAAGUAUUUCUGCCAGUGCUGCCACGAGAACGCCCAGACGGUCAUCCCCAGCCGCAUCCUGCGCAAGUGGGACUUCAGCAAGUACUAUGUGAGCAACUUCUCCAAAGACCUGCUGAGCAAGAUCUGGAGUGACCCACUCUUCAAUGUGCAGGAUAUCAAUCCUGCCCUGUACCGGAAAGUGAAGGCUCUCAACCAAGUGUGGCUGCUGCGAAUCCAGCUUUUCCACAUGAAGAACAUGUUCAAGACGUGCCGACUAGCUAAAGACCUCCUGGACUCCUUUGACACAGUGCCUGGCCACUUGACAGAGGAUCUGCACCUCUACUCGCUGAGUGACCUCAGUGCCACGAAGAAAGGGGACCUGGUGCCUCGCCUGACAGAGCUCCUGAAGGCAGGCAGCCUGCACGUUGACAAGUGCAUGCUGUGCCAAGCCAAAGGCUUCAUCUGCGAGUUCUGCCAGAACGAGGAUGACAUCAUCUUCCCCUUUGAGCUCAACAAGUGCAGGACUUGUGAAGAGUGCAAAGCCUGCUACCACAAAUCCUGCUUCAAAUCCACGCACUGUCCCCGCUGUGAGCGCCUUCAAGCCCGGAGAGAGCUGAUGGCCAAGCAGAGCAUGGAGUCCUACAUCUCAGACUACGAAGAUGAGCUGGAGCAGCCGGAGGCAGUGGCAGCCACAUGAACAAGUUGCAGCCAAGGAGUGUAUUGUGGGUUUAUUUAUGUGCGUGGCCUUCGUCACCAGAGCCUGAGCCACGUGGAGAUAAGGACUAUUGGGAGGACUGGAGCACUGUCUUGAAGGGAUCUGUUUUCCCCCAUGCAGUAGUGCUGUGCUGGGAAAAGGGCACAUUCCAUCGUCCAGAUCUGCUCCAGGUACUGCUCAUACUCCCUGAUGCCUUUGCUUGGGGAAAGGCAGCUGCUCCUGCCUGUCCUGCAGGCAGAACAGAGACUUUUUCCAAGCAGUUGUUCAUGGUGGACAAGGCAGCGCUGUGGUGCCUGUCUCCGUGCCCUGCUCUGAGCCCAGCAGGGUCCCCUGAAGGGUCAGCACUUUCUGUUCAUCACUUUCUGUUCAUCUAUACACCCAGAAGCUCUGGUCCACAUCUGCUCCUUGGAGGAGGGAAUCAACUCUCCGAGUUCUCUGAUCCUCUGUUCUGCUGCUGGGGCUUGUGUGAAUGGAGGAAGGAUGGGGGGUUGGUUGUACGUUUAACAGCUCCCUUUCUGAAAGCUGGUGUGGGACACUGGUGGAGAGUUGCUGUCACUCAAGGAUCAGAGCAGAGGAGGUGGCAAUGAUGAAAACACCAGACUUCCCUGCCCCCUGCCUACAGCCUGUGCUGCAGUGGGACAUUGCUCCUGGAGCAGCCACCCAAGGGGACUGGUGCUGACAGGCUUUUGGCAGGCAGAUCCCCAUGGCUCUAUUAGAAUCUGCCUCCAUGGGAUACAGGCUUCCAACCUACUUUGUCCUCAUGCUGCCAGUCUGUCCUCCGUGGGGGGACAUGUCCUCUUCUAAGGGUGACAUGGGACCUCGCUCUGGUGGCACCAGGUCCUGCCUUGUGUGCAGCUGCCUUCUGCCCGAGACCUGUUGGGAUGCAGGUGAAGGCCCAGUCCUCCAGCCGCAUCCCCUGAGCCUCUGUCUCGGUUUGUUCUUUUAGGUUGGGUUUUUGUUUUUUAAUCUGUUGGAUUUGGUUUUAUUUUUUUAAUGUGGUUGUUUGUAUUUUUAACUGUGUGUUCCCCUGCAAGGAGGUGCUGCUUGAAACACCUCCUUAAGGGGCUUGCGAUCUGCUUGUAGCUCACCAGUAUAAAUUCUCCAGGGCUGUCCUGCUCCUGGUUUCUCACCCUUGGAUGGAGCUGGCAUUUGCCAGGUGUCCCCUCUCCCAGCAGACAUCCUCCUCCCCUUGAGAGAGGGGUCCCUGAGCCAAGCAAAGCCUCCAAGCUUCCCGGCUGUGGUGCAGCGGGGUGACCAGGCAGGCUGCUUGCAGUGGGGGUGCAUGGGGGGAGAGGGGUUUGGCACUGGGAUGCUGCAAAGGGUUGGUCCCUCGCUGAUGCAGAGCUGCCUGCCGUGACUGACAGCUCUACAGGGUCAGACCCAGAGGUACAAGGUGAGCUCUGUGCCCUGGGGUUUGCGGUCAGUCAAGGAGGUGCCUCUGCAGUGCAGUGACUGCUUUAGACCGUGGCACAGGUGAGUGUCCAGGACCACCCUGGCAUGGGUGGGAUGUGGAGUGUUUGGAAGGACAGUGUGGCCUGUGUACGUGCAAGAAGGGUGUUGAGGGACUGGGGAGCAACGCACUGGCAGGAGGCAUUGAGGGGCAGUGGCUCUUUCAGUGUGUGCCCUGACUCGAGGCUGGGAUAUGACCCCUUGUGGGCUCUUCCUGUGGGGGUGGCAGGGUUGGGGAGAGGGGAAGAGGCUGGGACUAGGAGAGGUGGCUGCAGGGCUUGGUCAGGGAGGGUGGCUGCAAGCCUUGCUGCUGGGGGCCAGGCUGCUGCACAGCAGCAUCUCUCCCCUGUCUGCAGCAUCCUGACAAAGUCCCGGAAACAGGGUUCAGACCCCACUUGCUCCCCUGGGGUUUUUGCCGCCUUGUGUCUUGUGUCUGCUUGUUUUCCCCAGUGGAGCAGCUGCUCUUCUGUUCACUCUAUCUCUGCAAGCCCUGGGGCUACCAGAUGCUGGUCUGCCUUACUCUUGCCUGUCCCCAACCCCAAGCCAAGCCUUCCUGCUGCUGCCCGGAGCUGGCACCCCCUUCCCUGGAGCUGCCUCAGCAGCACACCUCCAUUCACCCUAUUUUGUUUGAAGCACUUUAUUGUCAUGGGACUGCAGCUGAGUGGCUGCCUGCAUCCCUUUCUAGAAGCACUGAGUACAUUUAGAGAAGAGGGAAGGAAUUCUGGCUUAGUUAUGGUUUCCACCCUCCGCCAUGGACUGUGUCUGGAAGCAGCAGGACUUGCAAACCUGGCAGAGGUCUCCAGGGCAAGACUGUGCCCAGCACUGACUGCUACAACUAACACUGGGCCUGGCCAAGGCAGUGAGCUCGGGGGACUGCCCCAGCCGUCAGCUGGAGCCUUCCCCAUGGGAUUACUGUUGCACAGCAUAGCAAUUAAAAUGCCGUCCUUAAUAAACUAAGUUAAUAAGGGG